UUUUAUUCUAUAUGGGAAGAUCUCUUUCUAUCACACAUCUAACAGAAACACAUUCAAUUCCCCAUUAAUGGAACUUCUGAUCCAGCACAUUGCCCUUAAUUCUAGCUUGUCCUCUGAGGCUACAGAUGGUGGUAUAUGGACAGUGAAUGCCCUUGGGCGCCUGGGGAACCAGAUGGGACAAUAUGCCACCCUUUAUGCCUUAGCCAAGCUCAAUGGACAUCAAGCCUACAUCCUUCCAGAAAUGCAUCAGACCUUAUCACCAGUCUUCAAGAUCACUUUGCCUGUGAUCUCUGCUAAGAGGUUUAGGAAGAUCCACUGGAGGAAAGUUCAUCUGCAUGAUUGGAUGUCAGAGGAAUAUCAUCACAUCCAGGGCAAAUACGUCCGAUUGUCAGGCUACCCUUCUUCUUACACCUUUUAUCACCACAUCCACCAAGAAAUACUAAAGGAGUUCACCUUCCAUGACCACAUCAAGAAAGAGGCCAAUCGUCACCUCCAAGUGUUGCGGGGAGAACGCCAGAAUGUGACGUAUGUUGGAGUGCAUGUCCGGAGAGGGGAUUAUGUGUGGGUAAUGCCCAAGACCUGGAAAGGGGUCGUGGCUGACGCAGGUUACUUGAAGAAAGCCAUGAACUACUUCAGAAAGAAAUACCUCAAUCCCAUCUUUGUGGUGACCAGCAAUGGGAUGCAGUGGUGCAAGGAGAACAUUAAUGCCUCCAAGGGGGAUGUCUACUUUGCCGGGGAUGGGAAGGAAUCCUCUCCAGGGAAGGACUUUGCUCUCCUUGCUCAUUGCAACCACACAGUAAUGACCAUUGGGACUUUUGGCAUCUGGGCUAGCUAUCUAGCAGGUGGGGAGGCUGUUUACUUGGCCAAUUACACCCUCCCAGGCUCGCCGUUUCUCAAGGCCUUCAAGCCCUCUGCAGCCUUCUUGCCUGAAUGGAUUGGGAUUCCAGCUGACCUUUCUCCGUUGCUGCCCAAGUCAGCCGCACAACCCCAAAAGCCUGCCCACCAGGUUGGAUAGAGCAGGCACGCUCCAGGUCCCUUCCCUGAAAUAUUGCCAUCUAAUGGGACCUAGGAAGCGUGCCUUUUCCAUGGUGGACACUACCCUG